AUGCCGGCGAGGCCCCCGGUGGGCGCGGCGCCAGGUGAACGCUUACCUGGGGCCGUCUCCUUCGCCUCUCCUCUCACCCCGCCGCUGUCCGCGACCCCCACAGGCUCUCAGACCCCAGCCCAGCCUCCGCCGGGACUCUGCGUGCGUCCUGCCCUGGUCACGUCUGUCCGGCGCGCCCUGUCCUGCCGAUCAAGCGCCAAGCUGUCCUACUCCCUGGAGACUUGUCCUGCGAAGCCUCCUCAGCUGGAGUUGACAUGGGUUCUGGUCUGGAUCUCUUUGCCAUGGCUCAAGCUUCUGACUGGGCGAGAGGUCCUGACGCCCUUCCCGGGACCAGGCACAGCUGCAGCCCCGGUGCAGGGAGGCGCCCACCUGAAGCAGUGCGACCUGCUGAAGCUGUCGCGGCGCCAGAAGCAGAUGUGCCGCCGUGAGCCGGGCCUGGCCGAGACCCUGCGCGACGCGGCGCACCUGGGCCUGCUGGAGUGCCAGUUCCAGUUCCGACAAGAGCGCUGGAACUGCAGCCUGGAGGGGCGCAGCGGCCUGCUCAAGAGAGGUUUCAAGGAGACAGCCUUUCUGUACGCAGUGUCCUCGGCCGCCCUCACCCACGCGCUGGCCCGGGCCUGCAGCGCUGGCCGCAUGGAGCGCUGCACGUGUGAUGACUCCCCGGGUCUGGAGAGCCGGCAGGCCUGGCAGUGGGGCGUGUGUGGCGACAACCUCAAGUACAGCACCAAGUUCUUGAGCAACUUCCUGGGGUCCAAGCGAGGGAGCAAGGACCUUCGGGCGCGGGCGGAUGCCCACAACACCCACGUGGGCAUCAAGGCUGUGAAGAGUGGCCUCAGGACCACGUGUAAGUGCCACGGCGUGUCGGGCUCCUGUGCCGUGCGCACCUGCUGGAAGCAGCUCUCUCCGUUCCGAGAGACCGGCCAGGUGCUGAAGCUGCGCUACGACUCAGCUGUCAAGGUGGCCAGUGCCACCAACGAGGCCCUGGGCCGCCUGGAGCUUUGGACACCCACUGGGCCCGGCGGCCCAGCUAAGGGCCUAGUGCCCCGGUCCGGAGACCUGGUCUACAUGGAGGAUUCACCCAGCUUCUGCCGGCCCAGCAAGUACUCGCCGGGGACGGCGGGCCGAGUGUGCUCCCGGGAGGCUAGCUGCAGCAGUCUGUGCUGCGGACGUGGCUAUGACACCCAGAGCCGCCUGGUCGCCUUCUCUUGCCACUGUCAGGUGCAGUGGUGCUGCUAUGUGGAGUGCCAACAAUGUGUGCAGGAGGAGCUGGUGUAUACCUGCAAGCACUAG